AUUAUUAGUCAUUAUCUUGAGAUAAGCGUUAGUCGGCAAUAUGGCGGUGACACGGCGCGGGUACAUUUUCGGAGCGUUUCUGUCUGGUGUGUUGAGUGUGCUGUUGAUUAUUGUAGCUGUGUCCAGUGACAGUUGGAUAGUCUCAACCGCUUCAGCAGAACUGGAUGUAGCGGAAAGCGACAUCCAAUAUGGGUUGUUCAGAGGAGAACUGGUGCUUCGAAGUCUGGGGACGCCUACUUUCAAUACGCUAUUUAUGACAUGUUUGCCUGAAGAAAACGCGUGUGCUGUCAGCUGCAAGACUGAGAGGACAGCCAGGGUUGAAGAUGUUCGUGCUUUAGCCCAGGGUAAUGCCCCUAGCCUCGCGUGUGGGUCCAUUACGACCGUGCAAGUACUCGACCCACCCAACGAGCCAGCAGUGAUUUCCUUCGGCUUCUACAUCAGUCUCCUGGUGAUGCUGUUCCUCCAGCUCCUGUUCGCGGUAAUAGCGGCCGGCCUGGCCAUCAUCAACUCCACUAAGAACCCAACGGAACCCAUGUUUGGGUUGCCCGGCUGUCUAUGGAGCAACGUAGUGACAUCAGUGCUAGGAUUCACAUCAUUACUGAUGUUCGGAAUCUACUGGGCCGCUUCGGGCCUUAAGAGCCACCUGGCCCUUUCGUACAUAGCGGGAGGCGACUACGCCUUCACAGCGGGUCUGGGAUAUUCUUUCUGGCUUCUUCUAGUAGCUUUGCUGUGUUCCGUGGCCAACGUAGGCCUCAUCGAGCUCCGCAGGUACCUGCUGGAACGGGACCCGCCGCCGCCCGUCAUCAAAGUCGAGAACCAUUCCGAUGGAACCAUAUUUUUGUACUAAUAACA